AUGAAUUUUGAGGCGGAGAAUAUGGAAGGGGAGCUGGAACAAUUGAUCUGGAAUCACAUUUUGCCGCUCCAGAUUCCUGCUGGGAUCCUCACGGACGAGGGUGAUACCUGGGGUCACUUCAAAGUCAACGGCAAGAAGAUGGAAGGACUAUGGGCUCAGCUCGAGUUGAGAGCUCACGAAUGUGUUUCCUCGGAUUCGGGCUAG